UCAGUCGUGACCUGAUAAAUUGUUUACCCGUCUAUGCGGGGACACGCUGUAGGAAAUCAGUCGCCUUGGGUUUCACUCGUACGACGCUGUUAAGUGUACACGAUUGUAAUUUACAAACCAACAGACAUGUCGACAGAAAGGAUGGAGACCAAGAAGUGGCCAGGAAUGGUGGACACCGCCUAUCCGGAACCCUUUAACAAGGUGCCGCCACCUGUCGCCACAAAGAAACCUGGACAGCUGGCGCGUGAUCAGAUUGAACUAUUUUUCAAACAGGGUUACGUCAUCGUCAAUGAGUUCUUCACGGCCGAGGAACUGGACCCGUGUCGAGACGCCGUCUCUCUGAUGGUCGACCAGCUCGCCCAGAAGCUUUUCAACGCUGGGAAAAUUAAAGAUAUGUACAAGGACUAUGGCCUUUUUCAACGUCUUACUAUGCUCGAGAAAGAGUAUCCUGGCUCCAACAUUCUUCUUUUCAAACAUCAAAAGAUGCCAAAGGCGUUCCGCGACUUGUGGUGUAAUGAGCUGAUGUUGAACUUGGUGGAGCAGCUGAUUGGUCCAGACAUCGGAGGUCAGCCAUCUUGGAACCUGCGCACUAAGACUCCUUUCAGUGACGCCGGGGUCAUCCCUUGGCAUCAAGACAGUGCGUAUAUGAGUAAUGAAUCGUAUGACCAUCUCAUACCGACGGCGUGGAUACCACUUCUGGACGCCACGGAACAGAACGGAUGUAUGCAGAUGGUGAAAAACGGACAUAAGUCUGGAAUCGUCGCCAGACACACCUGUUGUCAUGCCAACACAUGGUUCGUCACGUUAGAGGAAGAAGAAAUGGCCAAAACUCUUGGUGUUGAUCUGAAGAACGAUAUCAGUAUUGAACCAGUCCCAUAUGGUGGUUUCAUCUUGUUUCACAAUCUAACUCCUCACCGAAGCUUUUUCUCCUUCAGUGGUGCAAAUACAUCGAACGAUACUCGAUGGAGUAUUGAUUUGCGCUGGCAAUCUCCGUCCCACAACUGGAGUUUCUAUGAUAUCCAAGAUGGCGUCGUCUUCAGAUCGUCCACUGACCCGGAUGUCAAACCAGACUGGGAUAAAUUUCUGUCGGUCGACCGGAAGGAGGCUUGGGAGAACAAGUACUCCAAAAAAGAGGUUACGUCGGGGAGCGAGCCUGAAUUCAGUACCGUAAUAACCGGGCCUUGGAUCGGUAAGUGGGAAAUCGUGAACCACAACAAACAUACUGAAGCCUUUAAGCAGUUUCUCAAAUAGCCAUUUUCUCCGAUUACGAAGAAAGGAUAUGCGAUGUGUGGUGUUUUGAUUACAAACCAAACACAAGACUUGAAGACAGUUCAGUGUGACACAAACUGUUUGUUGGAGUGUCGAGAAUUUUAUAUAUUUUGAGGGUUUUACUCUCACACUCUCUCUGUCUGUCUCUCUCUCUCUGUCUCUCUCUCUCUCUCUCUCUCUCUCUCUCUCUUCUCCAGUUUAAUAAUAAUAUAUAAUACAUUGUAAUGGGCUUACACUAGUCACUCUCGUGUUAGUCCCGUACCAAACCAAUUGCGAACGGAGGGUGAAUUUUUAUUUCUUCUUUUAUGUUUUCAAGACAUUGGAAAUGACACAUAUCAAGUGGACGUGGAUGCUCAUCUAAGAUCUAUUUUAUUAUGGCCUUAUGUUUGUAUGUCUAUAAUCUUACAAAGACCCCACAUGCUGAUUUAUUUUAACUAGUGUUUUCUUGGAGGUGGUUUUGUUUCUCUGUUUUUGUAUUUGUUUUUUCAUUUGAAAAUAAAACAUUUAAAAAAUGA